AUUCAUAAAAAAUUUCAUAAGGCAUUCUAUUCUAAACGAUCAUAGUUUCUCACCCUUCCAUAGGAGGUUUGGGAGCUUAGAGAAGUAAAUUUUAACUACUUAAAACGGUUCUGGGAUGAAGUUAGAAUAUUAAUUACAUUACCAAUGGACCGCUGUACCCAAUGAAGUGUUUGCACAUUUAACACAGCAAUUUUGAAGAGUAUAAAAAUCAACAUCAAAAUCAAAUAAGCUUCUCUCUCUCACACGACCGAGGGUUUUUGUCGAUUUAAAAAUAAAUAAAUAAUUAUGGCUGUAUUUCUCCUAAAUAUUUGUAAAUUUAAUAAGUGUGGCAUGGAGUUUGGGACUUUGGUUGACCUCAUACAGCACAUAGAAGAGAAUCAUAUUGAUUAUGACCCCAGCACGAAGCCCGAUUGUCUUCCGUUGAGCUGUGUUCAAAGAUUCAUUACAGACGCGACACGUAAAGAGAAUCCACAAUUUUUGGUGAGCUCAGGUUCAGUUGAAUCGCUUGAUCGAACAAGCAAUGCAAGCGAACGAGUUGAGGUAAAACGAAAAAUUGCCAUCAAACAUCACAGUUAUAGUAUGUCCUCAUCAAACCGCAGCAAUACUCCAACAGGCAGUGAAAUGGAUGAAGAUGACAUAAUGGUAUCUGAAUCAGAGGACAGCAAUGAAUCAUGGACUACAGAAGAAUUUAGUUCUGAGUUCAUUAUGCGUUAUGGUAGCAGAUCUUCAGCUCCAAAUGGAUCGAAUGAAAAACCGUUCGCAUGUCCGGUACCUGGAUGCAAAAAACGCUACAAAAAUGUAAACGGCAUUAAAUAUCAUUCAAAAAACGGUCACAAAAAGGAUGGCAAGUAAUCGAAUAAGAAAAGCUUUCAAAUGUCAUUGCGGCAAAAGCUAUAAAACGUCGCAAAAACUAAAAAAUCAUACGCUACUGAUUCAUUCAGCUGGUUCUACAUCUGAUCUCUCACUAUCUUCAUCAUCGAUGUCGUCACUCAAUUCAGCGCAACAACUGUCUGAUUCGGCUUCACCACCACUCGCAAUAACUUCUUUAAAAAGCUCGAUAAAUCUCGUGACGAUGAAACCGUCAAAAACCAUCAAUGGUGGAGCGGGAUCGUCAAAAGUUAUUAAAGAAAAUAUAAAAGGAGACAACAAAAUUCCGAAAUUAACACCGAUGAAAGGGUACGAUGGACUUGGAAUAUUAACACCGGCGACGUCGCCUAAGAAUCAAGCUCAGCAGCAACAACAACAGCAAUUAUCAACAGACAGUAAUCAACUUCUUAAUGGUACUAGUAAUGUGAACACCUUGAAUAACGGUGUUGAGAAUUUGCAAGGCAUACCACUCACACCAGUUAGUCCUGCUCCAUCACCCAGCUCAUCGACAACAAGUACAAUCAGCUAUCAUCCGAUGAAGAAAGGUGAUUCGUAGUUGAGAAAAUGUCUUGUGGUAAGGUGAUGGAAGCAUCCAAAUGCGUGAGUCUUAAUUUUACCUCAAUUUCUGUUGUGAAUGCAAUGGGCCAACCAGAUGAGAUUUAUUUGAGGCUUCACAUAUGGUACUCUUAUCCCUGCUUUAUUCUUUUAUCCAUCUAAAAUAUUUUCAUCAUCGGUUUUUGUUAUGAAAGUCUUUCACUUGUUGAUUAAUCUUUUGAAUUCUUACCUAUUUAUAUUAUUCAUAUUGCGUAUCUGUUAGUGCAAUUCUCCUUUUGUUUUUUUUAAUGUCUUUUUUUUCGAGACUAAUUAAUUAUUUAACUUUCUUACUUUAUCUUUGAAAGAACAGAAAAAAAAUCUUAUUUAAGCAAUGUCAAUGAUAAUCGAAUGAUUCGAUGAUGCAAUGACAUUAGAAGUGUGAUGUGAUGCGUUUGACUGAAACUUUACUAAACAAAUUUAUUUUAGGCAAAAAAAAGAAAACAAAAACAGAGAAAAAAACUAAUUACCUAUUUCUUAAAAUUUUGACUUCAAUAGUUGUGACAUAAUAAAAUAUCUCCUUAUGAUCGUUCUGUCGCGUCGCGUGUAAAUUAUUAAAUAGAAAGAAUAAAAAUAUCAGACACAAUUUUGUUUAACGUUCUCUUUCCGAUCCUAUAAUUUUCAUUUCCUCUUAUGACGUCAAAAUUUAGUUUAUGGCGUAAACAAAAAUCAAUGGUUCUAUAUAAAUCAGAUAUUCUUGCUACCAAUGCACGUGAGCAUGUCAAUGAAAUAAUGUUCUCUUUCUCAGAAAUGCUCAUUGACUUAACAAAUCCUUUAGUCUUUAAUUUUUCAUUCUGUUCUGAAUAUUCUUGUAGUUUUAUGUCUUAUCUCCUU